GAGUGGGAGGUGGCAGGCCUUAGUCUCUGGCCUUCCCCGCUGAGUCUUCCAGCGCGACUUCUCCAACCAUGAGCCGGUUUGGUACCCGGUUAGUGGGAGCCACUGCGAACCCGUCGCCACCUUCGAAAGCCCGCAGCAAUGAAAACCUUGACAAAAUCGAUAUGUCUUUGGAUGAUAUCAUCAAAUUGAAUCGAAAAGAAGGAAAGAAGCAGAAUUUCCCAAGACUAAAUAGAAAACUCCAGCAAAAUGGUGCCCGGAAAUUCAGGAUGAGAGUACGGUGGGGAAUCCAACAGAAUUCUGGUUUUGGUAAAAAUAGUCUGAGCCGUAGAGGAAGAGUAAUGCCUGGAAAGAGACGUCCUUAUGGACUUAUCACUGGCCUUGCAGCCAGAAAAGCAACUGGAAUUCGGAAAGGAAUUAGUCCGAUGAAUCGUCCACCUUUAAGUGACAAGAAUAUAGAGCGAUACUUUCCAGUGCUGAAAAGGAAGACAGACCUUCUGAGACAAAAUGAAGUGCAGAGAAAACCAGUUGCCGUUCUCAAGAGACCUAACCAAUUAAACAGAAAAAAUAACAUUCCAGCCAACUUUACCAGAAGUGGAAGUAAAUUAAGCCAUCAGAAAGAUACUCGUCAGGCAACUUUUCUUUUUAGAAGAGGCCUAAAGGUUCAGGCCCAGUUGAACACAGAACAACUGCUAGACGAUGUAGUAGCAAAGAGAACUCGUCAAUGGAGGACUUCCACCACAAGUGGAGGAAUUUUGACUGUAUCCAUUGAUAAUCCUGGAGCGGUUCAGUGCCCAGUAACUCAGAAACCACGAUUAACUCGUACCUCUGUGCCCUCAUUCUUGACAAAACGGGAGCAAUCUGAUGUAAAGAAAGUUCCUAAAGGUGUUCCUCUACAAUUUGACAUAAAUAGUGUUGGAAAGCAAACAGGGAUGACUUUGAAUGAGCGGUUUGGGAUCCUGAAGGAACAAAGAGCCACUCUCACCUUCAACAAAGGAGGAAGUCGCUUUGUAACUGUGGGAUAGAUCCCUUGUCAAAAGGACUAUUGAGUGACAACUUUGUCUGAAAAGUUGAAUUGCUUGAAGAGCUUGUCACAGAAAUUCAAGAAACUAUUUGAAAAUAGUCAAUAAGGCUAAAUAACUCAUCUUUAUUUUUGAAGUUUGUUUUUUUUUUAACAUGUAUAAAAUAAUGCCCUGAAAGAAUAACAGGGAAUAUAUCUAUUUGUUCUUACAGAUUUUAUGGU